UCAGGGUGCAAUGGGAUACUAAAAAAUGCUGAACAUAGAUCAAUUACUGUGUACCAUUUCGUUCCCUCUGGAAUAUUUGAUAACAAAGUGUGUGGAUCUGGGACUAUUGGGGUCUCUGCUACCACUAUCUGAUUGACUGGUCUCAAAUCGUGGACCAAUCUCCAUUUAUCUGAUUUGGGCUUUCUGACCGGAAAAAUUGGAGUAUUGCACUGACUCCUAGUGGGGAUUAAAACCCCUGCUUCUAAUAACCCUUUAAUAGUUGGCCCUAUCCCUUCUUCCGCUUCUUUGGAUAAUGGAUAUUGUUUGAUAGGGUAGUUAAGCGUUAGGUCUGAUUUGUAUUUUUGCUAAUCCUGCUGAUUUGACUAGUCCUACAUCUGUUGCAUGUUUAGUCCAUAAUUGCUCUGGGACUUUACUUAGUGAUUCUUCUACUUCUUUCUCUGUCAGCUCUUCUUCGUCUUCUACUUGAGACAUCUGUACCUCCACUUCUACUCUCACCUGUAGUUUUGUCUGCUGACUAACUAGCAUGGUGGUGGCUACUACUUGUUCUGUCCCCUUAUAAUCUAUCUUUAGGAACGUUUUGUCUUCCGACACACAUACCCUAGAAUAUCUUGUUGGGUUCCAUUUCUCUACCCUCCCUGCUUCUCUCAUCAUGGGCCCUAAGUCUUUUGAUUCAUAACCUUGCCCGAUCAUCAGGGAGAUGUGGGAGACUGCGUCUCCAACUUGAUACCAUUCUUGAAUCAGUUCAGGGAGUACAGCAUAUGUAGCUACUCCUUGCCGACCAAGGAUUAUGCUGUGCGUGCUGAUGUGAUAUUUUCUUUCUUCUAGUCGUUCUUCCCAUAAUGAUGCAUAUUCUUCAUCUUUUCCCCCUUCAUCAUAUUUCAGGGUACAAUGCCAUGGUCCUCUAGCCUCACGGCAGUCUGGACAUAUGUAGUUUAGCCAUGGUUUCCAUUCUGAGUAUUCUUGCCAUAUGUUUGAUGUAUCAUUGUCCUUGAUUUCCAUCCAAUACACCUUGUCCAGUUCUGUCAUUUCUUCUUGCCAGUUCUUCUUCUUGGCUUACUACUAGGUAUUGUUGAGCUAACAUUUCUGGGAGUGUUAUCCACACUCCUGUUGGCCCACAGUGAGCUCCUAGUUUGCAGAGCACAUCUCUCCCAAGAAGAUUAGCUGGAGUGUCUGGGGAGUAAAGUAAGGGUGCUUGCACUACUAUUCCUUCUAUAGUAAUCCAUUGUGGCUCAGUGAAUCGUAGAGUCUGAGUUUUUCCUGAGAAGCCCACUGUUUUUAUUGCUCUACGUGUGAGGGGAAGCUUUGUGCCUUCUUUCCCAAUGCUUGUAAAUGUUGCUCCUGUGUCAAUCAGGAAUGGGGCCUGCACUUCAUUUCCGAUUCCCACCAUAAUUGUUGGUUCCUGUGCAGGGUGCAGUGAGGUGGUACACUGCACCAGCUCCCCCUCUGGCUUCUCUGGGCCUCUUCACAUUCCUCCUGGAGUUGGGCCCGAUGGGCCCCCUCCAGGUGGUGCUGGGGCUCGUCCUUGAAAUCCUGGGCCCAGCCAUUGGCCUGCCCAAUUCCCAGCUCCUUGUGGUGUUGCUGCGAGUGCAUGCUGCAUUCCCGACUGCCCUGCUCCUUGUUGAAGCAUUGGAGAUAGACAUUCCCUCGUCAAAGUUACAUUUGCCAUUUGCUUCUGAGUCUUUUACGACAGACAUCUGCCCUGAGGAUUAAACCUGCAUUCAACUAAAAUGAAUCCUUCACCUCCAGGUCGGUCAAUUCAGCCUGGCUACACCCGCCGGGACCCUCGUCCUUCUCCCUAUCCAAGACCUGCGCCUGCUGACCCCAUGGCCGGCUAUCGCCGCUUACAACUGCGUCAUAUCAUCUCUGAGCUCACUACGCUUCUGGAACAGCUCAGUUCUCCUGAACUGCCUGCGCAUGCUUAUCUGCCAUCCCAUGUUGUGAGAAAUCCUCCUGUUCUCAUGUCCUCCUCUCAAACCACUCUGGUAAACCUCGUGGACAGGGGAUCUCAAACUGAUGGCUGUCCUCAUGCUCACCCUUGCACCCGUGAGCUUGGAACUCCCGGCUCCCCCCCUCCUUAUGCCUAUGUUCGUCCCCUCUCUCCCACCUUUCCAUCUUCUCCCUCUGAUUCUAACCCUGCGUCUCCAGAUUACACUCCUGAAUCUCCAGAUUACACUCCUGGAUCUCCAGAUUACACUCCUACUACUCCCCUUUACUAAGGCCUAAUAAAAAACACCUUAAUAAUAAUAA